UGUCAGGACGUGGCGACGCCGCAGGCGAGCACGUAGCAACCACGCCACUGAGUGACUGAGUAUAUGUAUUAUAGAUAAUAUAGACAUAUAUAAGAAGCGCUUACUCUGCGUUGUCAUCAUUUAUGAAAUAUAUCACCCAACGAAGUGGAGUCAUUUAUAUAUCCUUGUAGUUUCAUCUGGAACAAACUGUAAUUUUCGUCUUGCAAACUUUUGCUCCAACCCCUCUCCAGUUCCCCAACAUGUCCUUAUGGAUUAUUCAGAUCGCUGUAGUCAUGCUAUCGCUCCUAAUCAGUCGUAGCCAUCAGAAGAAAGACCCCGUGCUUUACUGUUCAGCGUGCAGAGCGAUCGUCGAUGAGCUCAGCUACUCCAUCAGCCAGGUGGACCCCAAGAAGACCAUCAACGUGGGCAGCUUCCGCCUGAACGCCGACGGGACGCUGCAGGACAAGAAGGUUCCUUUGGCACGGUCUGAGACUUAUCUGAGUGAGCUUCUGGAGGAAGUUUGCAGCAGCAUGAGUGACUAUGCCCUCUAUGUAGACCCCGACACUCAAGAGAAACGUUAUAAGAGGUUUGCUCCCAGAGACAAUGGAGGCACGGAGAGCUUCCCAGACAUUCAAAACUUCAAGUUUGAUGGAAUGGAUUCCUCCAGUGCCUUGAAAUUUGCGUGUGAAACCAUUUUAGAAGACCUAGAUGAAGAUAUCAUCUCGCUCUUCAGCCAAAACACACAACAUGUUGCUGAUGAGUUAUGUUCCGGCGUGUCAGACUACUGUAAAGACGCCAAACACACAAAUGAGGAGUUAUAGUUACUCUAUCAUUUUUUUAUACAUAAUGUAUGAAGAUGAGACCAGGAUAUUCAUAAUUUAUCAAAUAAUUGUUUGGGAGGGGGAAAUCUCAUUUCGACAAAAUUAUUUGUUAUUUUAAUCAUUUUAAAUGAAUGACGUUCCGCUUUGCCUCUGUUCAUACUAUUUGAAACACACUCUAUACACGGUCAUAUCUAUAAUGCAAUUACGAUAGCCCUCACAUUGAAUAAAAUCAAAAUGUACUCAUCACGUAUUGAAAUAACCAUCAUAGUGAAUAAAGAAAAGGCUCAUAAUGCUAAUUCUAAUGCAUACGUUUUUUGCUAAAUAUUGUCAUGUAUAAACCAUGACAACUUAAUUGUAUAACCAGUAUUUUGAUCUAGUUUUUGGAUAGGCUUCCUUUGACAUGUUGUGUAUUGUGUAAACAUAACUUGAGGCCUCCUCAGAAAAGCUAUUCCUGGCUCGACUGUAGGCUGUAAUGCUGUAUUAUUAGAUUUGUAAUACAAUAGUAAUAAAGAAAGAUUUUGCUCAUGCUUAAUCCUCCACAAUGA